AUGUCUUCUUCAAUUAUAACUCACAUACGGUACGAUGAAUUUUCGCUAUAUUUUGAGUUAAAAAUAACGGAAAAGUAUUUAGUUGACAUUAUAGAUACAAUCAAUGAGUUAUUCAAUAUAAAAUUAGGAUUUAAUGCUAGAGAUAAUAUAGUAUUACAAUGGAAAAAAAAAGAUAUUGAUCAUACUCCAACAUACGUAGUAUAUAAUCGAUACAUGGAUGGAUUUUCUUACGAAACCAUUUAUUGUAAAAAUGCUAAUCACUACACAAACGAGAAUUAUUCAAAUAUGAAUAUCGACAACGAACAUAAACAAAUUUCUGAUUUCUGUUUUCGAACAAACUGUCCGUACUUCGCGGUGAUUAUAGAAUUAUUUUACAUGGAAUUAAAAAAUCUGUCCAGUGUUUACUACAUAUUAGCUGAUUUCUAUUCAUGGGCUACGGUAGUAGUUGCAAAUCACGCUCGGCCACGAACAAAUGUACAAAAAAUUUAUCAAUUUUCUUCGUAUUUCUCUCCUUUGCUAGUAAAUAAUUUCCACUAUUUGUUUGAUCAAUCAGUGACAUAUAUUCAUUUGAGUUUCAAUUUUAGAAACGAAAAACUACAGAACAAGAAAUCUCUCGUUACUAUUAAAUCAUUCUCAUGA